GUUAGGUCGUUCGCAAGAUUAUGUUAGGUGAGUGAUCUACCGUACAUGUAUGCGGCAAGUCGAUGCUUUUAUUUAGAUGCUCGACAAGACGAGUACUACAUGCGUACGCCUACAUGGAUGCUGUAACGGGUUUAUCAUGUGUGUAUUUUGCACACGCAGUACGAUCGCGCGUAUUCGUGCCUGAAUAAAAAGAUAUCCAUAACCAAUCUGUGUAAUAAUAAUAAUAACAGCUACAAGGUAUCGAUACUUCGGAGACGUUUUAUCGCCCUCUUGUGCAAUGGAAGCUUAUCAAGAUAUCGUCAUGCCCGUUCGACACGGCUGACUAAUCUAUCAAGUAACGAUAGCAUGUUUAUCUACCUCGUUAUUUUCCCAUAAAGGUAACUACAAUCCUAACGUGUUCAUAUGUCGCACGCAUCUUCAUCGAAUGUGGAAACCUCGACGAUUAUGUUUGAUAAAAGAAUGCAAACAUAUCGUUGAAAUGAUUUUACCAAUUAGAUUGGACCUUCAAGGAGACUACAUUUGAUUAUUAGCUGUGGAACAGAACUUGUCGUUAGACACACACAUGCUGCCUGAACAGAAAGAUGAAACUGACUUGUUAAUAGUUGAAAGAUGGCACAAGACUUGAAUACACUCUGCCACAGAAAAUCCAUGUGUUGCAUGAAGGUUCCAUUGAAGUCAACGGAACAGAUAUACCUGAUCUUCCUUAUACCAGCAUUGAUCAGCUGCUUUGUAUAUAUAGUGCAUUUUUCUGCUGACUUGGUGGUAGCUAUUCAACACCUCAAGGAAAACAAUCCAAUAUGGGGAUUCUGCACCCUCGCAAUUAUGUACGCUCCGGCAGUCUCAUAUUUUAUAUUGACAGUUUCAAGGCCAGACUGGUGGAUGACAGACAAUGAUAAAGUGUCUAAAGGAGUUCUUGGCUGGCUCGGCCUCCAAGUAUGCCAUCUCAUAGGAUUUGUAUUCUUCGCCUUGUAUAGAUAUGCAGGACUGAUCGUACUAUCAGUAGAUGCUAUAAACUUAACAGGAGAUGCAAGAAUCAAAACACUGAAUCUAGCUGCAGCACCUGCAGCUAUUGAACUGUACUUCUUCCUACAGGCAUGGUUCCAAGCUGUUCCACAGGCUGUUUUUCAGACAUAUUUGCUCUUCCUGCAGAAUCCUUUACACCGCAGCUAUCAGUCAGUGAUGGUGCAAGUGAUUUGCAUCCUCAUGUCUGUUAUAAUAUUGGCCAUUCAGACAGCUUCCUUCCAAAGAUUCGAAAGCCAACGUUUAAAUGGCAGAAAGCUACCAUGGGCAAUGUGGCUGAAAAAAUACUGCAUCGAGGAACUAGAGAAUUUUGAAGAAAGGGCACCUUUGCAGUCCGCAUUGCCUACUAGAGAUCAAGAAGACAAAACGAAUGCAUUAUCCGAAGCCACACCAGCGGAAGAUAAUGAAACGAAACUGGAGGAGGUCACAGUCUACGGUAACGUGCAGCAACAGCAGCAGCAGGCACCACAAAAUGAGUCACGUAAUCCCCUGGACCGUCAGAUCUCCGUGACGCCGCCGUUGCCACCGAAGAACGCGCACGUCAUUCCGCCGCCGACGCCACUUCGCGGUAUUACGACGGUCGCACCGCUGCCGAUACCGGACGCGCCCGCGCCUCCACGACCCGACUCCGUCUACAGGGAAUCGCAACAGGAAGCGAAUGCUGAAACGAAUCAGCAGUCCGUAACGAACAAUCCGCAAAGCUUGAAAAUGCCAACGCGCAAAUACUCCGAGAAGGGUCUCGAAGAGGAUGACCCGGUGGGCAAAUUCCUUUCGUUUCUUUGGUGGGUUCUCUUCAUCCUGGCGCGUGUGUUGUCCAUCGUCGUGGCUUACGAGUUCUAUCCGGUGUACGUGAUGGCGACCUUAGCCGUACACUAUGUUGUGAUGCUGAUCUACCUCUUCUACUACGCCAAGUACUACGACGUGAUCACAUUCUUCGUAAAUCUCUGGCUCGGCUUGGUCUACAUAUUCAGUCUGAUUGAGUAUAGAGUCAAGUUUAAGUAUGCCGACAAGUGGACAAUACCAUAUUAUGUGUUCGUGAUUGUGCAAAAUAUGGCGUUAACGUUGACGUGGUUCAUUCACGCCGACUGGGACGGUUUCUGGUACACUUAUGUGGUCUACGUGAUCUUUUGCUGCAUGGUGCUGUGCAUCUUGUCGUCCGCGGUGUAUCAUUCGUUGUAUAAACCAAAGAAAUGUAGAGUAUAUAGUAGCUGACGAUCGCUGGAGGCCUUGCCGUUCGGAUAAGCCCGCGCGACGAUCCCGAGACUUCCGCUAUUUACUUACUUGACUUUUACUGAAAAGUCUAGACUGCUUUGUGUUCAAGAUAUUUUGAGAGAAAAUGUUCGUCAGUAUUCCGCGUAUACAUAAUCGUAUGUAAAAUGUAUAUUUAUGCGUAAUAUUGUUAUAAAUUACAAUUUCAACUAUUCUACAAUAUAUACUACCGUACAAUUGAACAAUUCAAUGUAGAAAACGGUCAUUCAUUCACAGGCUACUUCUAGGCAGCAGAUUCCGCUCCUUAACUGUGUAUUUUACAAUAUUCAUAAGUAUAUAUUUACAAUAUUACAUAUUUGUAUAAAAAGAAGAGUGGUCUUAUAUAUGCUUACAUAAUAAGUACCACUCUCUAAAUAUGAAUAUCUAUGAGAAUAUCAAUUCUUCUUCUCUUUAUACACUUUACCGCAGAUAUCUGAUGAUUCAUAUUCAUAUAGGGCAGUUUCUUUGUUUUUCAAUAAGACAAAACUGCAAUCUCUAAUAUCGCUCAAUUUUCACCAGGAGUCAUUGAUUCGCACAAAUGCACUAAUCUUUGUUCGUUGUAUGUAGACAUAUA